CCGGUCCUGCGGGUCCGUUGUGGUCCCGGUCCUGCAGCCCCGUUCUGGUCCCGGUCCUGCAGCCCCGUUCCGGUCCCAGCACCAAGGAUGGUCCUGCAGGGGGUGCAGGGAGGGUCAUAACCACCUGAGGGCUGUUGAGUGCCCUGAACGCUGCGUUAAAUCGGUGCCAAAUCAGCGCGCGAUGCUGCAGAAGUGGGAAGGGUGAUGUCUGGAGGACUGUAGAGCUGCUCUUUAAAUCAGGCUUUAAGAUGAACGCUUUUCACUGCUCGCGUCCUGCUGUUGUCUUCAGAGCACGUUGAAUGCCGGCUCCUUAAUUUUGUGAAUCUGGUGCUUGUUGAGUAUUCGUUAGAAGUUGUGUGUAGCUUUGGAAAAGCCUUUCAGCAGCUUCAGCGCUGCCGGUUCUACCUUUUGCUCAGCCUUAUGUGGUCCCGGUCCUGCAGCCCCGGUCUGGUCCCGGUCCUGCGGCCCCGUUGUGGUCCCAGCACCAAGGAUGGUCCUGCAGGGGGUGCAGGCCCGGCCAAAGGACUGUGGCUGGAUCACUUGGCUCUACUUGAUACUCUCUGCUGCUAAUCCAUAGGGACAAAGGUGAAAAUGGAGUCAGUUGGGCAGGUGGGUGACAACACCACUGAGACGGGUAACGCACCAUGUGCAGCUGGGGCAAAGGGAUCACCAGCCUGGGGAUGGGGUAGAUCCCCACAAGGUGAGACAGACGAGGAUUCUUUUGUAAUUGUUGCAUGGAUGUGAUCUGAUAGAAGGAAAAGGUCUGGCAUUUUAAAGAGCUUGGUAGCGUUUAAAAUAUCUAAACUUGCAGUGUCUUGUGAAGUGUUAACAGCCUUAUGAGCUGCCCUUAUGACCUCCUAUUCAACAGGAAUCCUGCGUAAAGGAUUCAAGAGUUCUGCAUCCUCAGUUACAAGGAAUUCCCCAAACUUCCUUGGGUUUCUUGCUUUGUUACAAACCGCAGUGUUUGUUACACUCCAGCGAAGUGUAAUUCUGAUCGGUCUGGGAGUCGCUCUGGAAUUGUGAGUUGGAACAUGCCCGUGCACCUUGUGAGAAUGAACUGCUGCCCAAAAGAGUCCUGGAGCACGAGCCGACCUGGUCCCAUUGCCCUGAGCAGCACUUUGUGUUGGUGUCUGAGCCACUAAUCUCUCGUGCCACCAGCUAAGGGACCGUGCUGUACGUGUUAAAUAGAUGUCGAGUAGCGUUCUUUUCUGUGGGUGCUUCAGGAAAUGCAGAUGUUGCAGAAUUGAGCCGUAAUGGGAUUAGUUCUGCAAGAUGCUAAUCACUUCAAUUCCCACUGGCUUCAGAUGAUGCGCGCUUAGGAGCAAAUGCCUUUAGAAAAUACUUUUUAAUAAGAAUGAAAAGUUUCACUGGUGACUCCGUGCGUAAUCUUCCGAUCCCUUAAAAUGGCUAUUUAAAAAUAAACAGAAAAUGCUGGUACGCUCUGGAUCAGAAAUACAGAGGCUGGAGGUGCAUUGUCUGCGCAGCGAAUCAUCGAUUGCUUGGCGCUGCAGUUUGUGCUGGUGGAACCGCAGCAGAUGGACUGCCCGGCGUUGAGCACGGGGCUCGGCUGGUACGGCGCGUUAUCUCUCCGGUCUCUGCCUUGGUCUUGUUAGAAAUCGUCAUAGUUCAGCCGCUCCCAAUGGAAUAACAAGUUCUUGACGUUGUUUUCAAGUGCAAAUGGUAUUUUAGGAAGCAUGUGCUUACCAGUGGUUUAUCUGAUAAUGGUUUUAAUAAGGGUGAUAGAUGUGAAAUUGGGUCCUGGAGCUUGGUGGUCUGAGUCUCCUGGUGGUUAAUGGUUGCACUCAGUGAUCUCCAAGGUCUUUUCCAACCCAAGUGAUUCAAUGCCAUAGUGGUGGGAUUAGUGAUGUCCCACAGGAACAAGGCACUCCCUUCCUGAUUUAAAUCCAAAAUGCUGUAAGCUUAGAGGUGUUUAUCAGUUCAUAGUGUCUGAUUUACAGCACGGGACUUGUAUAUUCAUUCAAAAAUUUCCUACCUGAAGGUUGUGAAAUACUUUCAACAUUUAAUAAAUGAAAUUUUAUUACAUAAGCAGAGGCUAAAAAAUUCAGCUUGACAAGGUGAAAUGCCAAAAGUCUGGAGUGUUCACAACUAAAAAUAAUCACUGAUGGUGGUGGCCUUGGCUCAUUCUGGACUGCUGAGAAGUAACUUUCUAGGAAAGAUGAUAUAACAAAUCCCUUUUGGGUUUCAGUUUGUCCUGAAACUAUAACUAAACGCUACAGACAGGCUCUAGAAGAUGGGGAUGUGCCCGCUGGGUGGAAUUUCAUGAUUUCCACAGUACAUGAAUCUCAGCUAUUUUCUUUCAAUGCAAACUCAUGGAGCUCUCUCGGCCACCAGCUUUCUCUUGGGUGCUGCUUUGGCUAAAUGAGCUGCGACAUUCCGCACCAGUGGAGAAACUGUUUGGGCGGAGGUGGAUAUAAGCCAUCUAUCGCAGAUUUAAAGGGUAAGGUAUAUUUUAAAGAGACUCCCUUAGCUGUCCGGUUAUUGUUGGACAGUUUCUCCUGUCCGUCCCGAUUUCCAGCUGCGGUUUAUUCAGUGCUGUGAAAGCCGGUCCAGCCGCAGCCCGAACUGCAGGAAAUCUGAGACAAGGAACAGCCCCAGAAAGGACAAAUGAGGAAAAAACACCGACAUCUCUUCCUCUGUGUAAAACAAGCUGAUUCAGGCUGUCAGUUUGAAAAACAGCCUGUGGGAUAAGAAUAUACGUGCAGCUGUCUUUCCAGUCAUAGUAGCUGAAGUGGGGGUUGGAUCGGCGCUCUGAAUGUGUUAUAGAACUCGACAAGGGGUAAUGGGUUCAAACUGGAACACAAGAGGUUACAUUUAAAUUUGAGAAGAAACUUCUUCCUGGUGAGGGUGGCAGAGCCUGGCCCAGGCUGCCCAGGGGGUUGUGGAGUCUCCUUCUGUGCAGACAUUCCAACCCGCCUGGACACCUUCCUGUGUAACCUCAUCUGGGUGUUCCUGCUCCAUGGGGGGAUUGCACUGGGUGAGCUUCCCAGGGCCCUUCCAACCCCUGACAUUCUGGGGUUCUGUGAGUUCAGUGUCUGGAAUGGUUCUGCAAAGACCCUGGUACCAUUACAAAGUGGCCGUUCUGCUCGAGGACAUUGAGGGGUGUUGAUACCGCGGUUCAAUGGAGCCGUCUGGUGUGCGGUCAGAUGUGUUGGUGAUGACACGGUCCUACAGAUGCACUUUGGCCUGAGAUCACGUCAGGUUUCAGAAGAGAGGCCACGAAACCGUGAGCUUUCUGUGCUUGGACGGGAGCUCUUGGAAGACCUACAUUACCACUGAAUCUGAGGGUGAUUAGUGAUUUUCACUGUUUAUAUCCUGCGCUGAACCAGAGUUCUUCCAGGGCACAAGAGGCCUGGUAGUUUAUCACAGGUGGGACUAAACUUCAUCUGACUGCGCAUUCCCCAGAACAGCAAUAGUAAUGUUUAAUAUCUUAGUCUCCGCAGCCUAAAAUUUGCUAAAGUUUUACUAUAUCUGUUUUGGAAACACAGGACGUCAUAAAAAAAUCCCAACAACUUGCACAUUUGUGCGGAAAAAUGAAACCAGAGGAACUAAAGUGUUUGCCCACUGUGCAGCCUGUUCAAUGCCUGACAACCCUUUCCAGGGAUGAUUUUUUCCUGAUAUCCAGUCAAACACCAAAUGACUCUGACAAACAGGCCAUGCUUAUAGAAAUUUUCCUCUUUUUUCUAGCUGUGUGCCCAAAACACCUGUUUUGUUUGGUUGGUUGGUUGUUUUUUUCCUGACAGUGUGUAAACAGCUGGAACUCCCGGCACCCCGGCAGGAGCGGGCGGUGGGUUUUGUCCCCCCCGGUGUUCGCAGGGCCAUGGGGACAUGGGGACAGCGGCGCGUUCGGCGGGUGACGCUGCCCCCUGGUGGGGCCGGCGCGCACAGCACCUGCCCCGCGGGGGACACGGUGACAGCGACCGGGGGGACCCCCCCAUCCCGGGAUAAAGACUCCGCUUGGCUUCGUGGUCUUUGCAGUUCCAUUGGCAGGGGCGGCAGCUUGCCAGCGCCGCUCGUGUUGCUGGUGCUGCUAGAGCAAUUGCUUAAAAAAUUGAAGUACUAGAGAGAGCGCAGGAGAGGUGACGGAGCUGGUGAGGGGCUGAGCACGAGUGUGAUGGGAGCGGCUGAGGGACCUGGGGGGUUCAGCUGGAGAACAGGAGCUGAGGGGAGACCUUCUGAUCUCUGAACUGCCUGAAAGGAGCUUGGAGCAUGGAGGGGGUUGGUCUCAUCUCCCAAGUAGCAAGUGACAGAACAAGAGGAAACGGCCUCAAGUUGCACCAGGGGAGGUUUAGAUUGGAUAUUAGAAAAAAUUCUUCCUGGAAAGGGCUGUGGGGCAUUGGAACAGGCUGCCCAGGGCAGUGCUGGAGUCACCAUCCCUGGAGGGGUUUAAAAAGCGUUUAGACGAGGUUCUUAGGGACAUGGGUUAGUGCUGCAGUGAGGUUAUGGUUGAACUCAAUGAUCCUGAGGGUCUCUUCCAAAUGAAAUGUUUCUAUGAUUCUAUCAACAGCUUGCAUGAAAUAUAUUUUCAUAUAUUGCUUGAGGCAGUAUACUUUGUGCUGAGCCCUAACUAAUGCUGGCCAAAAACAACCUUGUGGAGCAGGUUCCUGCCAAGAGAGAGACACUGGGCUGGUACAAGCCCUGCUCCUAUUCUGCGCUGAGCCCGUCGUUCCUUCCUGCUCAGAAAGCCAUUAUUUCUCCCUUUUUCCCCCAUCCAGCGGGGACACCAAAACGGGAUGCUGUCGAUCAGCUGGGCUGGGGCAGGAAGGGCGCUCUGCAGGCCCCCCCGCCAUGCCUGCCCAGAGGAAGGGGCUGCAGGCACUGUGACCCCCGCACUCCUGUGUCCCCUCAGCGCGCGGCCCCGCUGCACAUGGAGGUGAACCGCGGGCAGAGGCGUCUGCGCGUGCCGCUCGUCUACGUCAACAGCUUCGGCUCCCAUCGCUGCGGCUCCAUCAUCCGCUAUGGCGGGGGCUGCCAGGAGGAUGAGGCGGGCCGGGCUGGGCCCCCGCUUUCCCAGCCGAGCCCCCUUGGCAAUUCUGGGGGACAGAUGGCUGCCCUCACGCCAGGGGACAAGGCCGGCCCUGGGGCCAGGGGCCAGGCAGCGGGGAGCUGUGGUGUGGGGAAGCCUGUCAGGCGCCACCACGGUGACCUUCGAGAGGCUAAGGCUGACACCUUUGACUUUCCCUUCCCUUCAAGAAAUGUUGAUAAAGUGAUUAAACGAAAGAAGCAAAAGUCCAAAGCCUGGCUUAAGGUUUGGAAAGUAAUUUCAAAAAUGCUUGAAGAAAAUGAAAAGUUCAGAAGUCGACUCUUGACUUGCAGUCAGCUUAACAGAGAAGGCAAUGAUAUGAACCAAAGUUCACAGAAGGAAGCGUCCUGCCUGGACAGGGAGGAGUCCCUCUUUGGCUGGAUAUAGCACGAGAAUAAAGGAAGAUUCAAUCCAAACCAUAAGUUUUUGGUUUGAUCUGGUUCUUGCUGAAGCUGCUUGCAAGUCCGCAAGUGAUUUCAGUGAACACAGGUUCUCUGUUGUCUGUUUGCUGUAUGUGCUGCUCCUGUUUAAGAGGUUUCUUCUUACAGUGGCUUAAACAGUUCAGUUGUGAGAUAUUAAUUUCAUUUCAAUUCAUUUCAUCUAGUGUUUCACAGCUAUUAGUUUUCGAAAGCUUUUUAAUGAGCAUAAUAUUGUGUCAGUUUGCUUGCAGAAGAAUAGAGACGCACAUUUCAUGUUGGCUCUCUAUUUAUAGCUAUUUUCUGUUGCUUGUCAGAAUCAUAAACAAACACAAAAUCAAUAAGGCUGAACUCCACACAAGAGAUAAAGAAAUACUUCGUUUUCUUACUGAUUUGAACAAAUUUGACUUCAUUAUAUUAAAAUAAUACCCAAUUAUCCUUCUGCUCCUUCAUCCAUUUAUACAUGAAUCUCAACGAGUGUUUUGAAUAUGAAACCAGGUGAAUAUUUUCUGCUUUACUGUUCAGCAUGAAGCACACAAUGAUAUCAUCAUCAUCAGAAGGGAUUGUUUAUCUAGCUGGCUUCAAUAACACAAUAUAAUUCUCUUCUGUUAUGGAGUUUCGUACUUCAACUCUUGAUUGACUGUUAAACCCUUUCAAACUAGCAAAUUGUGUAAAUGGAACACACAGACUGCAUAAAAAUAGUAUGUAUAUGGAUUUCAUCUCUGUAGAUAAAACGUUCACCUGUCACAAUUAGCUGUCCUUGGGUUCAAUAAAAGGAUUGUUUUCUCGUUGCAUAAUGUCUUAGUGUUUGCAGAUAUAAUGACUGGAAUGUCAGCGUGUUGGGCUUUAAUAACACAUUAGUGAUUGGGUCAUUAAGCAGCAAAGCAUUGGGAGGGGUUUAAUCUCUGUUUUCUUCAUAGUAAAACUGCAAGUAUAUAACUGGAAUGUGCCUUUUUGAUGACAGCUCUGGUAUCAAGGCUCUCUUCGGAUUUGUGGUUGAGUAAUAUUCCAAUUUUACUUAAAAUAGUUGACAUUUCAGCUUGGAAAAGGAAGUGAGAAAGCAAAGUAUUCAAUCAAAAUGUGAUCAUUUUUCUGGCAGAGCAAAAAUGUCAUAGUUCUUUGGUAUUUUCAAAAUAUAUGUUUGGAGUCACAUGUAUUUUAAUUUUUUUCUUUGUACUAAGGGAGAUGAUCUCUGUAUUCCCACAGGUCUACCAAUGAAAUGUUUGCAUGGAGAGUAUUUAGUGUAUAAUCCUGGAUUAUAAAUGGUAGAGUUGUUGCUCUAAUGUUUCUUUUCUUGUAAACUAUGGCUGCAGUUGGUACCUUCACUGGCACAGACCUGGCCCUGGAAACAAAGCUUUUCUUGCAGGCACAUAAUUGCUACUUUUACAGGAUAGAGGAGACACAUUGGCCUAAAUCUCUGAAUGAAAUUCACCCAACUUAUCACGAUUCUUUGGAUAAAUAUAGAUCUUUGU